UGAUCUCCUCCUGGACCCACCAUGGUGUUCCAGAUCUCCUCCAGGUCCCACCUUGGUGCCCCUCAAUCUUCUCCAGGUCCUCCAGGUCCCACCUUGGUGGCCCCACCACUGCCAGGAGUCAUCUUGGUGACCCCAAAUCUCCUCCAGCUCCAACCUUGGUUCCCCCGAUCUCCUCCAGGUGCCCCCAAACCUCCAGCAGGUCCCACCUUGGUGCCCCCACCUCUUCCAGGUCCUCCAGGUCCCACCUUGGUGACCCCAAUCUCCACCAGGUCCCACCUUGGUGACCCCAAACCUUCUCCAGGUCCCACCUUGGUGACCCCAGAUCUCCACCAGGUCCCACCUUGGGGUCCUCCAAGUUCCAGCAGGUGCCACCUUGGUGUCCCCACCACUUCCAGGUCCCACCUUUGGUGUCCCCAAACCUCCAGCAGGUCCCACUUUGGUGUCUCCCAAGUCCCACCAGGUCCCACCUUGGUGACCUCCAACUUCCAGCAGGUGCCACCUUGGUGCCCUUCAAUCUUCUUCAGAUCUUCCAGGUCCCACCUUGGUGCCCCCACCACUCCCAUUUCCCACCUUGGUGACCGCAAACCUUCUCCAGGUCCCACCUUGGUGACCCCAAUGUCCAUCAGGUCCCACCUUGGUGACCCCAAACCUUCUCCAGGUCCCACCUUGGUGACCCCAAUCCCCAGCAGGUGCCACCUUGGUUCUCCUCAAUGUUCUUCAGCUCCUCAAGGUUCCACCUUGGUGACCCCAAUGUCCAUCAGGUCCCACCUUGGUGACACCAAUCUCCAGCAGGUCCCACCUUGGUGCCCCUCAAUGUUCUCCAGGUUCUCCAGGUCCCACCUUGGUGACACCAAAUCUCCACCAGGUCCCACCUUGGUGACCCCAAACCUUCUCCAGGUCCCACCUUGGUGCCCCUCAAUGUUCUCCAGGUCCUCCAGGUCCCACCUUGGUGCCCCCACCACUUCCAGGUCCCACCUUGGUGACCUCAGAUCUCCUCCAGGUCCCACCUUGGUGCCCCCAAUGUCCAUCAGGUCCCCAAAAUGGAGAGGUCCCCACAGUGGGGGGGUCCCCAAGAUCCUGGGAUGGUCCCCAAGGCUGGGAGGGGGGGUCCCCCAAAAUGGGACGGUCCCCAAAAUUGGGGGGUUGGUCCCAAAAUGGCCACCAAGUCCUGGGGGAGGUCCCCAAGGUGGAGAAGGUCCCCAAAAUGGGGAUGGUCCCAAAAAUGGGGGUCCCAUGGGUGACGUCCCCAAACUGGGGGGGGGUCCCUAAAGUGGGGGGGUCCCCAAAUUAGGGUGGGGGUCCCCAAAAUGGUGGGUCCCAUUGAAAGUCCCUAAAAUGGGGGGGGGUCCCCAAGGUGGGGGUGCUCCCCUAAAAUGGGGGGUCCCCAAAAUG